AUGACUGAUAAUAUGACCGAUAAUAUGACCGACCAAACUCCCACAGAAACUCCCAAUAACUCCCAGAUGUACUCAACCUGGAAAACCUUCACCUCCUGCUUUGCAGACCCCGAAGCUGUCCUCGCGCUUUUUCUCGAGAACCAGAAGAACAAAAAGAAGAGCGACUCCGGAAAGCAAGGCUGGUCUUGCAAGAAGUCCGAGGAAAACGAGAGCGACGAGAACAACAAGAAAAUAAGAGAACAACGCUGUAAGAGAAUCAUAGCUUGGUACUUAUUCUUCACGAUUUACAAUGAUGAGAUUUGGGAAAAUGACGAAUUUGAGAAACUUAAGAAACUUAAGGAGCAACAGCAGGGCCAGCAAGGAGAAGGACGUGUGUUGAGCGACAGGGACCGUAAGGACGAUGAGGAAGAGGAAUAUGGAGAGAACAGUGAAGAUGACAGUGAAGACGACGACGAAGAGGAGCAAGAGGAAUGCCGGAAGCGAAUGAUGUUGCGUCAGGAGAUCAUUGCGGACUGGAAAUCAGGAAAUCAUCCAUUCUUCUACGACGACGAGGACAUGCCUGACACGAGCGAGCAAGAUGAUAGGAUAUACAAGAUGUCCCUUAUCUUCCACUGUCCGAAGUGGCAGGAUUUAUUGGAAGAAUCUGUGCAGGCCAAGAGAAAGAGCGAAGGAUACAACAUAGACAGUGAAGAAGACAUCGACUACAUGUGA